GGAAGCCUCCCUCCCAAUGGCCCGGACCGGAGCAUUUAACCUGUUGCUGCUGGCGGGGGCAGGAGGCGCUCGCGCUGCCUGAAGAGCGGCGGGCGGGGAGGAAAUUAGCCUCUCGCCUUGCCGCGUUCAGCCGGCCUCCAGAAGAGCGAGCCCGCCGCCCGAAGCCGCCCCCCCCCACUUCACACCUUCCGCCACCGGCGACGACGGAGGCGGCCAUGUCCCCCCCUCGGCGCAAAGGGAGCCUGCCCGGCGGACGUCGCGGCUCGGCGGCCUCUCGCGCGCUGCUGGUGCUGCUGGCGCUGCUUCCGCAGGUCCAUCCCCACAGAGCCUCGGGGCCCAGGUUUUUAAUAAGCGACCGUGACAGAGAUCCACAGUGCAACCUCCACUGCUCCAGGUCCCCCACCAAGCCCCUCUGUGCCUCAGAUGGCAGGACAUACGAGUCAAUGUGCGAUUAUCAGAGAGCCAAGUGCAGGGAUGCCAGCCUGAGUGUAGCUCAUCGGGGCAGAUGCAAAGAUGCUGGUCAGAGCAAAUGCAGGUUAGAAAGGGCUCAAGCUCUGGAUCAAGCAAAGAAGCCACAAGAAGCAGUCUUCAUUCCAGAGUGCAGCGAGGAUGGCUCAUUCACCCAAGUGCAGUGUCAUACUUAUACUGGAUAUUGCUGGUGUGUCACUUUGGAUGGCAAACCCAUUAGUGGUUCUUCAGUACAGAAUAAAACUCCUGUAUGUUCAGGUUCAGUAACUGACAGGCCACUAGGACAGGGUAAUUCUGGUAGAAAAGUUUCUUUUCGAUUUUUUUUAACUCUCAAUUCAGAUGACGGUUCAAAACCAACACCCACCAUGGAGACCCAACCUGUUUUUGAUGGAGAAGAAAUCACAGCUCCCACACUUUGGAUAAAGCAUUUGGUCAUCAAAGAUUCUAAACUGAACAGCUCUAGUAUGAAAAAUUCAGAGAAAGUUAAUUCAUGUGACCAGGAGAGGCAAAGUGCUCUUGAAGAGGCCAAGCAAAAUCCCCGGGAAGGGAUUGUUAUCCCUGAAUGUGCUCCUGGAGGGUUGUACAAACCAGUGCAGUGUCAUCAAUCCACCGGAUAUUGCUGGUGUGUUCUGGUAGACACAGGUCGUCCCCUACCUGGUACCUCCACCCGAUAUGAGACGCCUGUGUGUGAGAGCAAUGCCCGAUCGAGGAUCCCAGAAAAUGAUGACCCAUUCAAAGACAGAGAACUUCCAGGCUGCCCAGAAGGGAAAAAAGUGGAAUUCAUUACCAGUCUACUAGAUGCUCUCACCACAGACAUGGUACAGGCCAUUAAUUCAGCAGCACCUGCUGGAGGCGGGAGGUUCUCUGAGCCUGACCCCAGCCACACCUUGGAGGAGCGGGUGGUGCAUUGGUACUUCCGUCAGCUGGACAACAACAACAGCAGCGACAUCAACAAAAGGGAGAUGAAGCCCUUUAAGCGCUACGUGAAGAAGAAAGCCAAGCCCAAGAAAUGUACACGGCGCUUCACCGACUACUGUGAUAUUGACAAAGACAAGUCCAUCUCACUACAAGAACUGAAGGGUUGCUUAGGUGUCGGAAAGGAAGGAGGCAGCAUUGGCCAUUUCCCUCAUGGAAAAAGACAAGGUGUUAAUCCUUUCAUAGGACGUCUUGUCUAGGAGCGGAUGGGAUGGCAUGGCACAGAAGGAUUGAAGGAAGAAGGGACAGGACACACUGCUGUCUGAAAACGCUCAUGUGGGACUGGCAACAUCCAGUGUAGCAGAAAUGGCAGCCACAACAUUUGCACUUUUAAAAACAAAUGGAAGAGGGAUGGAAGUUGGUCUACUUAUAGUGCUGUUAUUUUCUACCUUGCAGAAGAAAAGGAAAAAGGAGAACAUUACAUUUUGGAAAGAAAACUGGACAGCUACUGAUGAUUUAAAUUUUGAGGGUUGCUUGGACUUGAAGAAAAUGUUUAAUAUACUGUAUAUAAAUGUAAAUUGUACAGUGGUCUUGAGCUGGGCUUAGUGUGAUAAUUUGGUCCUUGCCUAGGAUUUCUUCUAAAGUAGCAGAAAUUAAAGGGGCAUAGUGGAUUUUAGAAUCCAGGAAUGCACUGAUUUUUACAACCAGUCCAAAUUCAAACCUAAAAUUGAGAUCUUUUCCCAAUCAGUCUCAUUACGCAAAGGCCAGUGGUGCUGACUGCACACACAUAUUCAUACAAAUAUUUCUUGUAAAUGAGAGUACGUGUUCACUCAUGAACCCAGACAUGCAGAGCAAAGAAAGUCUUUGCAACAUAAUUGUACAAAACACGCCUGAAUACUUGCUGGAAUUUGAUCCAGGCUGGCACCCAUGUGAGUAACUACUGUUCCCUAAUGCAAAAUCAUUAAAAGUUGUGUGUGAGAGAGAAUAGUAUGAUGUGAAGUGACUGUGGAUAUUAUUAUGAUUAUGAUUACAUUGCAUUUAUACCCUGCCUUUGUUCCUCUUGCAAGGAAACCAAGGUGGCUCUCCUUCUCUCCAUGUUACCCUCACAGCAACAACCCUGUGAGAGCCCAGGACUGCUCCACCACCCCCUCAGGAAGCUGCAUGGCUAGUGGAGACCAGAACCCAGAUCUCUUGGGUCCAUGUCUGACACUCUGAUCCACUGUGUCACAUGAGAUAGAGCUUUGGGCAUAAUCCACCUGUAUAAAUGUGACCAAUAACCUUUCUGGUAUGGACAAAUGGAGCGCCAAUUCGGUGCUGCAUAAGGAACCUGUGGACCACAACCCCACUCAGCCAUUGCUGACAUGGCCAGUGAUCAGCAGUGAUGGAAGCUGUCACCCUCCAGGUAUAGUUGGACCACACACUCCUCACCUCAGUGCAGUGGAUGGACUUUAACCGAGGGAGGCCUCGCUCCAGCUUCCUGUUUGCAAAGCAUUGGGUAGGCUUGGAACAGCUUCUGUAUGAAUGUGGAGAUGUAUCUGCCAGUGGGAAUUCAGGUCCAGGCCUGUUUAGCUGCAGCCAUAGAAUAGUGAUGAGUGCUUUCAGAGCAUUCUGUUGUGCUGGUGAGAGCCGGUGUUAAUACUUUAGCAUGGCGGUAGGCGAUCCCCCCUAUGCUUCCUUUCAUCCUGGAGGGACUAGCUGAGAGCUGCAACCUGCACAUGUGGAUUGUUGAUAAAAGUACCCUAAAUGAAUGUUACGGGCAUCUUCCCAUAAUUGCAUGCCUCUGUCUCCAGCAUUUGGGCAGCAGAGAAGGUGUGUGUGAAGAUGCAAGGGCUGGCCUGCCAAAGAGGGAGCAGAGCAAAUUGGAACGGGCUUAAAAACAAAAAAAAAAACAAAAAAAAAAAAGAGGUGGCCACCAGCAGCUCUUUUGUUUAUGCUGCCAGAGUCUUUGUAUUUAGCAGUGGGUCCUGCCCUUUUGCUUGCAUUCUUUCUGGAGAAGAUUGGUUGCCACCCUACUUGGGUUCCUAUGCUUGCAGUGUGGACAUGUAAAUCUAUAUUAAUCCUUCUGACGAACAGUGUGGCAUUGCAAGUCCCUGUUUCAGUCAUGGGCUGCUGUGUGUGGAAAUAUUUGAACACAGUUGCAAUGGGAGCAGGAUCACUGUUUGACUCUAAAGGAAGUGCUAUUUUUCCUGAACAUUUUUUCAGUGGCUUUAGAGGGUAGCAGCUUGGCACAGAGAGUCCAAAGAGACACAGUCGCCUUGGUCUGCAGCGUAGCUGUCAUGUCCCCUGACUGCAGCACCGCAGAUACUGGCCUCCUUAUGUCUCCACCUGUUAGUGAUGGAAGGGAGUUAUAAUUCCUGCCGAUUGGUUGCUUCAAGCCAAAGUGUCCCUGCAUUUCCACCUAUACUUUGCAGCUUUCUGAGGAACAUUCAGCCACACAGAGCUCUUGUACAAUUAAGAGCUGAGUAGUAAUUGCAUGUAUGCACAGGUAGUCUGGAACAGAUUGAUAAUCGCCUAGGACUGGUGUAUUUGGUGGCAUUUUUGUCAAAACUCACCUGUAAGUGGAUUUUGUGACAGAGUCAUCAAUAGUCCAUAGUGAUAGUUUUGAGCAGCCUUGAUCAGCAUGGCUGCUGGGUAAAGAAGAGAGGAACUGUAGUCUGAAAUAUGUGGAGAGAAGCAAGUUGGAAAAGGCUGGCUUAAAGAUAGAUUGUGAAAUCUAAUAGGAAUCAUGCCACUGUUAUGAAGAGUACAGCAUCAUCCUUCUGAAAUAUACACCAUGACAGGACAGCUACAUUCUAUUAUGGCAACCCCAAGACAACAGUUUGUGACACUCAGAAAGUGUCAAGUGUGUUGGUUUUGGCUUAUUAAAUGUUCAGAAGACGCAAGGCUGGGUUGUAAAAAUAAAUGAUCCUUUGGAUUCUGUCCUUCUAAGUAGAUAGAAGCUUGAAAUUUGCCCCAAAAGUCUAUUCCUUUUUAAAAACUGUGCCAAAUUGUUUGACAAGUAUAUUGUAAGGCGAAUCUUUGUCUCACGGAACAGCAGCACCCACUGCUGGCUUCUCUGCCAUAUCACAUACAAUGUAUGUGCGUUCUCUACAAAUCGCUCUCUGCAUAUGCUUUCACCUUUUAUACACAUGACUUACUGUGUAUGUAUUCCAGUUGCUUGGUUUUAAUAGACAGUGUAAAAACUC